AGGACUUGUCCGAGCAGCUUGAGGCCUCGCGGGCGGCGAACGAGGAACUCGCGGCCCUGGUUGACGCGGCCGAGGCUUCCAGAAAGCGGGCGGAGUACGAGUGGGGCGUGGAGCGCGAGGAGCUGGAACGGCAGAGGGACGAGGCGCAGGCCGCGGCCACCGAGCUCGAGCGCAGCGUGGCAGAGGGGGCGGGGCGCGAAGAGGAGCUGAGGCAGAAGUGCGCCGACCGCUCACAGAAGCUGGAGGAGAUGAGAAGAAUCAUGGACGACCAGGAGGGCGAGAUGAAUCAAAAGAUCGAGCGCGUACAGCAGUACGUUAAGGAGCGCCAGGUGGCCGCGCUGCAGGCGGAGCAGAAGCUCAAGGACGCGGAGCGCAUGUGCGAGCGCUGGCAGGGCGAGGUCCGGCGCUUGCAGGCCGAGAAGGACAAGCUCUCCAAGGCGCUGCUCGACAACGAGAGCCGCGAGUCGGGGAGGUCGAACCAGCAGCAAGCAUUGCUGGAGAGCCAGCAGGAGGAGAUCCGGGCGCUGCAGGGGAGGCUCCAGCGCAAGGAGGAG